AUGGCUGAGCAGCCCUUCCCAGAGACAACCCUGCUAGCCCAGGUGCUGGCUGCAGACAGCACUGAAGCCCCUUUAGUCCGGACUACACACCGUGGGUCACAGCCCCCAGCCCCAGCCCGGAGCACCGAGGACAGCAAACCACCGCCCCUGCUCUCCCGCCGCAACUCCAUCCUCAGCCGCCGCAGUUCCUUCGGGAUGAUUCCAGGGAGCAGGCGGCCCUCCAUUGGCCCCUGGCUGUUCCACAGACGGGUUAGCUUCUCUGGGCUCCCCAUUUUCCAACCCAUUCUCAAGGCCCGCCUUGAAAACACUUACAGGAUGGGGCCAGACAAAGGCUGCAAGUUUGAUGCAGAGCAAGUGCAGCGAGUGCUGGAGGGGACCCUGGCCUGUGCCUUGGGGACAACUGUGUACAGUCCCCAGGGCAGUGCCCCACUAGCCCAGAGUCUGACUGAGCUGCUGCAGAACCAGGCCAAGGAGGUGGUGCCACCCCGUUACAAACUGGUCUGCCAUGUAGUCCUGGGCCAGCAGGGCAAGCAGAGCCUUGUGGUGGCCAGCCGGGGACUGUGGGACCCUGAGACUGACAGCUUUGCCUCUGCCACCUUCUCCAACGCCUCCCUCUUUGCUGUGGCCACAGUGUACGGAGUCUACUUCGAGUAG